CCACAAUUCGUCAUGCAAAAUGUCUGCGCCCAUGAGGGCAUGCGGAAUUUUUGGAAACACACGAAGUGCCGAGGACAACUAGCCACAUUACAACCUGGUUUUUUAGUUUUAAUUAAAUUUUUGUAUUCAGACAAGAAUCCACGCCAUGUCUCUCUUCGCUGUCAAUCGGUUUAUGGGAGAUGAAGAUGAUGAAGAAGAACGCCAGGAAACAGCAGGCAAGGCCCAGGACAUUCUAGCUCGACUCCAGGCUCAGGCCGAAGCAAGACGAAGGAGUAAAACCUUUCAGAAUGAAGAUGUUAGUGCUAAGGGAAAGCGGAAACACAGAGUCAGUGAAACACAAGUAGAAGACGAUGUGGUAAAGAAAAAGAAGAAGAAAAAGGACAAAGACAGGAAAAAUUCUGGGAGUGAUAUUGUGGAUGAAACAGACUCAGUUACAAAACAUAAAAAGAAAAAGAAGAAAGUUAAAGUGAAAGAAUUGUCAGAAGAGGAAGAUGGUAAUGAAGUUACGAAAACAAAGAAACACAAGAAGAAGAAAAGAUUGAGUAAGGAAGAGAAUGAUAGUGAUUCUGAUGUGUCAGCGAGUAAAGUAGAGACUGUAACAAAGAAGCACGAGACGAUGGACCAGGAUGAGGAUACAGAUGGAGAAGAGGAAGAGCAGGAGAAAAAGGAAGCUGAUCCUGUUACCAUGGUGCCAUUGGGGGAAGGAGGACAGGAAAUCGGAGGAUUCACUGUACUUGGAGAUUUCAAGAAGAAACAGAAAGAACAAGUACUGAGAGUAUUGCCUGACUGGCUCUCUAGUCCUGAUGUUAUCAGUGCAGACUUGCGACACAAGCGUCUUCCAAUCAACGAGAUGGUCGGCCUAGAUCCACACCUGGUUGAAAGGCUAGCUGAGAACAAGAUAUCGCAUUUCUUCCCAGUGCAGAUGCAAGUCAUUCCGCAAGUCCUCAAGGUCAUCAAACAUGGCUGGCUAGUAGGGUCAGGUGGAUACCGACCCAAUGAUAUUUGUGUGUCUGCACCAACAGGUAGUGGGAAGACGCUGGCCUUUGUACUCCCCAUUGUUCAGGCCCUGAAACCAAGAGUGGUGCGUAGAGUACGGGCUGUGGUGGUGCUUCCGGUCAAGGAUCUGGCUGUCCAAGUCUACAAGGUGUUCCAGUCCUAUGUCCAAGGCACAGAUCUCAAGGUGGGGCUUGCUGUUGGUCAGAAGACUCUCGUCAGUGAACAGCAGACUCUUGUCAUGAAGAAAUUGCGUGGUCACAUCAGCUUAGUGGAUAUCGUCGUGGCAACACCAGGACGACUUGUGGACCACAUCACAAACACUGAAGGCUUUGAUCUUUCUCAGCUGAGAUUUUUGGUGAUCGAUGAGGCUGAUCGAAUGAUGGAUGAAAUAAAGCAGGACUGGUUAAGUAUACUAGAGGGCACUGUCUACAACCAAGAUGGCCGCCAACAAGGGUCCAUCUCUAGGGAAGUCCCAGGACCACUGACAGUUGCAAAUUGUUCAAGACUGCAGAUUCCACUGCAGAAGUUGUUGUUUUCGGGCAACGCUGUCUCAGAACCCAGAGAAGCUGCAGCACUUAAAACUGUUCCAGCCUCGAUUGUUUACCUCUGUUGUCAAGGUAACAUUGAUGAGGAAAAGAGGAUUGGCCGAGCUCUCACAGGUGUUGAAGAACAGGACAGAGAUGAGAAAAAGACCUCAGACAUGGCAGACACUAGAGGAGAGUUUAUUGGGAAGUUCACCACACCCACGGGAUUGACAGAGUACUACCUGCGUGUAUCUGGGGCAGAGAAGCCUCUUGUCAUCCUCCACUUCUUGCACCAGCUGAAGUUCCGCCACGUGCUCUGUUUCACCAACUCACGUGAAGCCACACACAGGUUGUACCUGCUGGUGAAGGAGUUCGGUGGUGUGCGUGUACAAGAAUACUCCUCCAGCCUCUCAGCUAACAAGAGGAACAAGAUCAUCAAUGACUUCUCGGCCAACAAGGUGGACUUGCUGAUCUGCUCCGAUGCCAUGGCUCGGGGUAUGGAUGUUGAGAAUGUCAAGUACGUCAUCUCGUAUGACACAACCACGCACAUCAAGACAUACAUACAUCGCGUUGGUCGCACUGCUCGGGCCGGCAAAGUUGGAACAGCCAUGACCUUCCUGGAGAACAAGGAGGUGUAUCACUUCAAGAAGAUGGUGCAGGAAGCAGGGAAGACCAACGUCAAGGAAAUGGAGAUAGACAAGGUGGCAUUAUCACCCAUGGUGGAACAAUUCCAGGUGGCACUGAAGAAACUGCCACAACUUCUUAUGGAAGAGAAAAGGAAGAAGAAACAGAAGGGUUGAGUGAGAAGAGAUGUUAAUCAGUGGUGACAAGUUUCCAGUGCUACAGUCAUGAAAGUGUUCAUCACACUGAAGACCCGGGUUCUUUUUCCCCACAUGGGUACAAUGUGUGAAGCACAUUUCUGGUGUCCCCCUGCCAUGAUAUUGCUGGAAUAUUGCUAAAAGCAGCGUAAAACUCAACUCAUGACAGUCAUGACCAUACAAGGUACAACCACACGACCACAUGUGGAACACCCCAAACUCUACACAGAUGCAAGGGCAGAGAGUUUAGCAAUAGUAUGUACUAAAGGGAUUGUCUACACAAACAUCAGGACAAAAUCAUUUACAUGUACCUUAGAAUACUAUCAAUUAGCUUGUAUGCAUUUACCUUGUCUGAUUUAGAGUGAUUUGGGAGUAGUAGACUAGUAGGAGUACUAUUUCAGAAACAUGUCAAACAAAGCACACAACCACAAUCGUUUCAAGUCUUUAUGAUCAUACAAACAUUGGUUCAUCUCUGCAUUUCAUCUCAUCAUCUAUUGUUGCUUAUGCAAAGUACAAAAUUGUUUUCUACAUUUGAUGUAAAUAUCUUGUUUUGUUUGUACAUCAACAAUAUAUAUGUAAAUAAAAAUGGUAUGUCUUGUAA